CGAAUUAUGCGCGUGACGGUUCAACGUGUUUGUCAAAAACUCUUAAUUUUGUGCAAAAUAAAGCAUUAGAGAAUGGCGACAUGAAAAUGACGCGAAUUGUCGAUGCCUCUGUGAUUUUCAGAGCGUAAAAUCACACUUGACACUCGUACGUCUGAGCGUAAAUGUGAAAUCGAGGAUGUAAAGAUUCGCUGUUCAAGGUAUAGCUUUCAACGAUUCAACUCGAAAAAUGAGCAACACAGAAAGUGUAGAAAUGGAUCAGGAAUUGGCUAAACGCCUCUUAGUCGAAGGGGCGACUUUGGUUCUGCUCAAUGUUCCUCUGGGGACGGAUUUUGGAGUUGAUAUGAAGUCUUGGAAUACCGGUGAAAAGUUCAAGGGUGUUAAAAUGAUCCCUCCAGGGUUUCAUUAUAUUCAUUACAGUGCUGUCAAUGAGUUUGGAGAUCUUGCACCUCGUUCAGGCUUUAUUCACAACUUUAAGAAGUCCGAAUUCUUGGCCAUGUCUUGGGACGCCGAGAAAGAGGAUGUCAGCACAGAACCUCCUUCAGAGGAAACAGUCUGUAGGCUGAAACAGAAUCUAACUAGCUUGGAUCAAUUUCUUGGCCCUUAUCCUUACGACAUUUGGGAACAGUGGAAGGGAUUGACGAACACGGUUGACGAUGCAGUUGUAGAAAGAUGUACGCCAGUUUGUGGGUACAUCCGAUCAGCUCUGGAGUUGGAGAAUUGUGACGAUGCUUCUAGGCCCAGAGGCGGAGAGGCUGUGGAGAAGAGAACUCGACGCAGCGGUUUGUCCGCCGAGGACAGAGAGCAGCAGCUGCUUCCUCAAUUGAAACCAAGAGCAGGGACUGAGCUGAGGCUAACUAAGCUACCGGACAGAAGCUAUCCCGAUGGAGCAACGCCUGCUGAAAUAACGCAACAUUCUCUUGAUUCCAGCUACGCCCUGGAAAAGAUGUUGGCUGAAUUGAAAAACCCGAUGGAAAUAAUGGGAGAACUUCAGCUGGCGUUCAUUUGCUUCUUGGUUGGACAGAGCUUAGAUGCGUUUGAGCACUGGAAAAAGCUGGUCGGUCUUUUGUGCGGAGCUGACACGGCGAUACCGCUGCGGCGGUCCAUUUACUCGGAGUUUCUAAAGACAUUGGAAGCACAAGUGGCCUGCGUUCCGGAAGAAGUGCUGUGCGACAUUGUGGCUAGCAAUAAUUUCGUGUAUCACAACCUGCGUAAUUUGUUCGCCAAUAUUGAAUCCAACGACAAAGUCGACGGACGUCUGAAAACCCAGGCGGUCCGAGUGCGUGAUAGACUCACGAAAAAGUUUCUCUGGGACUUUACUUGCCUGCAAGACGAAGAGGACGAUGAAGCGCCUGUCGUUGUGUCACUGGACUGAAAGGUUGAUAAAUAGUUACGAAGAUACUUUCGACUGAUUGACUGUUAAUAAUAAGAGGUGGAUUGAAUCCAUUCGUAUCGUGUAUCAAUAAGAAAGUCAUUCAUCUUGGCAACUAGAAUACAUUGAGAUACGUACGCUGGCA